AUGGAACGAAAAAUUAAGACACUGUUAUUUAUUAAAAUUUAUGCUUUUGUGUUUUUAAGUUGGAUAUGUCAUUUUUACAUUUAUAUGAGUAAGCAAAACAAAUAUUUGGUUGCGUGCUACAAUCAUCAUAGAAAAAUAUAUGCAAGAAACUAUCGUUUACUGGCGAAAUAUAAACAGGAUAAGGAUUCAAUUAUUGUAUGUUUAGAAAAAGAAAUACCAAAUAGAGUAAACGAUAAAAAAAAUAUAUCUAAUAGUAAAAAAUUGCUCUCAAGAGAAAAGAAACAGUCAAACGGAAGUUUCCCAAUAAAUGUAAGAGGCCAUAAAAAAAAUAUGAAAAAUAAAUCUUGUAUAUUUUUAACUAAACAACAUUCUCAUAUGGAAAAAAAAAUAUUCAAAGAGCUUGAUUAUGUAGAUUUUCUUAAAAACAACAGAACAAUAAGUGAUAAUACUUAUAAAAAAAUAAUAUAUAAAAAAUGCGGAUUGCGAUUUGCUUUACCUAUAUUUCUACUUUUAGUCUUAUCAAUAUCAUUCAUGUUAGAUAAUUUUUGGGGAUAUGGGGUGUUUUAUGGUUUUUUUAGAUUAAUAAGAACGUACUCAGGAGGCGGAUGGAUGAAAGAAUUAACUUCAAAGUUGUGGCAUUCCCCUUUUAGAUGGUUAUUUGUAAGUCAAAAUGCGCUUAAGAAACCAGGUUGUACAUCUGGAAAAAUCUGUAUAAAUGGAAAUAUGGUUGCAGAAAGUUUUUGUGGAUUUUUUAUAUAUUUUGUACCUUUUAUUAUAUUAGGUAUCAUACUUAUUUUAGGGGUUGUUUAUUACCAUAAGAAGGUUAAAAAAUAUGAAAAAAUUAAGUUUAAAAAUAGAUAA